AUGAAAGAAACAAUCUCUGAGAAACUUGAGAAAUAUUUCUUUAACCUUCAAUAUGAAGAUUAUGAUAAGGCUGACCAAAAACUUAUUCAGCUUUUAUCUUUAGAAACUAAAGAAUGCGAAGAAUUGUAUAAAAAAGAACCCAAACUUUUUGAUCAAUAUUUUAGAAUGACUAAAAUAGAUGAACCUGAUACUGAAUCAGAACAAGAAGAUAACUUUAAAACUAAUACAAAGACUGUUAAGUUCGAAUAUUCAGAUAUGGAAGAUGAUGAAGCAGAAUCUUCUUAUACAGCCACAAGAAGAGGCAAUAAAAAGAAAUAUGAGUUCAAAAUGUCUGUACACAAUGGCAUACCAGAUAGUAGCAAAGGACCCAAUACGAUCAAUAUACUCAAUAUUGAUUGUAUCCAAGAUCUAAAACUCAGAGAAAGAGUUGUAGAAAAAUGGGUUACUGAGAUUUCACUAAUCUUACAGACAAACCCAGAUGAAUUUGAAAAAGCAAAAAAUGUUCUUCUACUUUUAGAACACAAAACUGAUGGAAUUGUGCAAAAGUUCCUAAGAAACAAUAAUUGGAAUGAAGAUUUGCAUGGUUCAGAUCUUUUUGAUAAUCUCAUAAAUGUCAUAUACACUACUUUCUUAUGUCUUGAUUAUAUUUCUAAUAAAGACUUUACCAUUAAUAAGAAAGUUGACGUAGCAAGAGUUUCAAUGACAAAACUCCAGUUACAUGAUAUUAGUCUUCUCGACAAAUACACAUGUAUGUAUGAAUCAUAUCUAUAUGAUAUUCCCCAGAGAAGUGAAUAUGCACAAUGGAUAUCUGCUUAUCUAAUGAAAAUUCCAAUUAUUGGAGAAAUUUGUACUGAAAGAUGGAAAAAAGAAGCUACUGAAGAAAUCCAGCAAACCAGUCUUUCUUAUGCAACAAAAAUUGCAAAGGAAGAAAUUGAUAGAAUCUGUCAAGACAGAUAUAAACAACAAAAACUCAAAACAAUAAGUAAAGAUUGUUGUAGCAUUCUCUCUGAUUUCAAAAACUUUGAUAUUGGAAGGAAAACUUAUACUAAGAAAAAAUAUAAAAACAAAAAGAAAUACAAAUCUUUCUGGAAAAAGAAAAGAAUAAAAUUUUCACCAGGAAAAUACUUCAAAAAACAAAUACACAUGUAUGAAUCAUAUCUAUAUGAUAUUCCCCAGAGAAGUGAAUAUGCACAAUGGAUAUCUGCUUAUCUAAUGAAAAUUCCAAUGAUUGGAGAAAUCUGUACUGAAAGAUGGAAAAAAGAAGCUACUGGAGAAAUCCAGCAAACCAGUCUUUCUUAUGCAACAAAAAUUGCAAAGGAAGAAAUUGAUAGAAUCUGUCAAGACAGAUAUAAACAACAAAAACUCAAAACAAUAAGUUAUGAAGCUCUUGAAGAGGAGUAUGAAGGUAUACAACAUGUCUUUACAUUUCAUGUUGAAACUGAUUCUUCAUCAAAUUCUGAUGAAAACGAAUCAACCACGGAUGACUCAGACUAG